GAAAGUGAAAGUGUAGUUGAGCUGUUGUGUGUUGUGUCUCUGUAUUCAUGCCGUAAAAUGGCAGAAGCCAGAUUUUCUCAGGAUGAUCUCUUGUGCCCAGUGUGUCUGGAUCUCCUGAAGUAUCCAGUGACCAUCCAGUGUGGACACAGUUACUGUGAGAACUGUAUUACAGACCGCUGGGAUCAGGAAGAUCAGAUGAGAGUCUACCGCUGCCCUCAGUGCAGACAGACCUUCAGUCCAAGACCUGCUUUAGCUAGAAACACCAUGCUGGCUGAACUGGUGGAGAAACUGAAGAAGAGGAAACGUCCUGCUGACUGUGAUGCUGGAGCUGGAGAUGUGCAGUGUGAUGCCUGUACUGGAAGAAAAUACAAAGCCCUCAAGUCCUGUCUGGUGUGUCAAGAAUCUUACUGUCAAACUCAUUUUGACCAUCAUGAGGAAUUUCAUUCACGUAAACCACACAAAGUGACUGAUGCCACUGGACGACUGCAGGAGAUGAUCUGCCAGAAACAUGAGAAACAUCUGGAAAUGUUCUGUAUUACUGACCAGCAAUGCAUUUGUGAGCUGUGUACAAAAUAUGAGCAUAAAAACCACAACACUGUAUCAGCCGCAGCCCAGAGGACAGAGAAACAGAAGCAGCUGAAGAAGAUGCAGAAGACAUUCCAGCAGAGAGAGAAAGAUCUUCAGCAGCUGAGAGAGACUGUGGAGUCUCAUAAGUGCUCUACACAGACAGCAAUGGAGGACAGUGAGAGGAUCUUUACUGAGCUCAUCCGCUCCACUGAGAGACGCUGCUCUGAGCUGGUACGGCUCGUGAUUCCUGAUAUCAGAGAUCAGAAAAAGACUGCAGUGAGUCGAGCUGAAGGACGACUGAAGCAAAUGGAGCAGGAGAUCAGUGAUCUGAGGAGGAGAGACGCUGAGCUGGAGCAGCUUUCAAACAAACAUCACAUCCAGUUCCUGCAGAGUUUCCAGUCUCUCUCAGCACCUCCUGAAUCUACAGACAUAAAUGAAGAUCCCUUCAGUUUCUCUCGUCUCUUCUGAUGCUCUGAGAGAGAAUCUGUCCAUCAGCUGAGAGACAAACUGGAGGAUUUCUGCAAAGAGGAGCUCAAGAAGAUCUCAGACAGAGUCACGUUCACCAACAUUGUUCCCAGAACCAGGAACGACUUCCUACAAUAUUCCCGUCAGCUCACUCUGGAUCCAAACACAGCAUAUAAACGCAUCCGUCUGUCUGAGAACAACAGAGUGAUUACUGGCAGCAGAACAGAGCAGUCGUAUCCUGAUCAUCCAGACAGAUUUGAUGAUGUGACUCAGGUGUUGUGUAGAGAGAGUGUGUGUGGACGCUGUUACUGGGAGCUGGAGUGGAGUGGAUGUGAAUAUGGAGUGCAUAUAUCAGUGUCAUAUAAGAGCAUCAACAGGAAAGGACGGGGUUUUGAGUGUAAGUUUGGAUAUAAUAAGGAGUCCUGGUGUUUGGACUGCACUCCCCUGAGAUACUCAUUCAGACACAGUAACAUACGGACUGAUCUUCCAGUAAAGUCCAUCAUCAGGAGAAUAGGAGUGUUUGUGGAUCACAGUGCAGGAACUCUGUCCUUCUACAGCGUCUCUGACACAAUGAGCCUCAUCCACACAGUGCAGACCACAUUCACUCAGCCGCUCUAUCCUGGGUUUUGGGUUUCUAGGGCAUCAUCAGUGAAACUGUGUUGAUGAAUCAAAAUUGAUUGAUGAGAUAUUCUACCCGUAAUGCUUUGAGCUAGAGGUCUUCACGGGUCCAAAAAUUUGUGCCCCGAACCCGAAAGAGACCCGUAAUGUACUACACCGAACCGACCUGGACCCGUCUAUUAUUUCAAAAGCUGGACCCGGACCCGUGUAGAUCCGAGAAAUGCCUACCCGGACCCGACCUGGACCCGUCUAUUAUUUGAAAGCUGGACCCGAACCCGCCGGGAAGACACAGAACCGACUGGACCCGAUUGUCACAUAUUCCACCAUAAAUUCCUAUUACAAGUCAAUAAACCUGUUGCGAAAAAUACAACUUUUUGUCUUACCUAAAUUAAGGAGCCGUAGGCUCUCUUCCUUGUACCUGACUGCCUGUGAUGCAUUACAAUCCUCCGACAUCAAAGUUAUCCAUGUUAUUCCUCUCGUUUUUCCAAGUCCAAGCUUAAUCCACUCAUUAUUUCAGCUUCAAAAGUCCACUUGAUGUCACGGUAACGGAUGACAAAUGCAACUGUGCACAUGUACAUUCUGACUCGAGUUAACUCGCAUAAUAACUUCGACUGUUUGCCCUUUUGAACUAUAAUAACGAUUGCUCGUUCAGUGCCUUGGCCGCUGACGGUAUUUAUUUGCUAUCACCUCUGUGCUCUGCUCUGCGUCAAGUCUGAAUCUGACCACUAAAACUUUAAGAUUAAACGGUUCAUUUAUAUUAUCAUAAAAAUGGGAGAAAAUGUAAAGUGUAAUGUAAAAUAAAAAAAGGCGCCACUGAAGAUUGGGUCAAAACAUUUUUACCACACGACCUGGUAUGCUUUAAAAGAUGUGAUGUGCCAGUUUUUGCUGAAUCAAACUUCAACAGUGCGUCACACACGUAUUAGUAAUCUUCAGUGGCGCCUUUCUUAUUUUACAUUACGCUUUACAUUUUCUCCCAUUUUUAUAAUAAUAU